AUGGGUCAAAAACGAGGACGCGAUCCGAAGGGCCAGACUUUGCAACCCAAGAAGCGCAAGAAGGCUCGCAAGGCCGCCCCCGCUUCGGACGAUGGUUCCUGGGAUGGCGUUGCCGGCAUCGAUGACCUUAACUGGAAGGAAGUGGCUCUUCCCGAUCGAAUGGAGGAUGCUGGUGGCUUUUUCGGCCUCGAAGAGAUUGAUGGAGUUGAUGUGAUCAAGACAGAGGGAUCCGUAGGUGUCCAAUUCAAGGCAAAGUCAGGAAAGCCAAAGAAGUCGAUCUUGAAGCCACCAUCAUCUGAUGAUGAUGGCGAGGAGUGGGGUGGUUUCAGCGACGGGGACUCUGAGAAGCUUGUCACUCCGGCCGCCGACGAUAUUGAAGAAUCCAAGGACAAGAAAUCAACGAAUAAGAAGGAUGGCACCAAGGACGGAAAGAAGAAGGAGCUAAAAGAAUCGAACAAGAAGGAGAACAAGGUCAAGGAUGCCAAGGUCAACAAGGCGAAGGAGUCCGAGACCAAGAAGACUACGUCUAAAGAGCCAAACCUGAAGACGAAUCUUUCAUUUGCGACACUUGAUGAUGCCGACGAUGACGAUGGAGUGGAUGUUUCAGAAUGGGAUAUUCUCGGUCUAUCGCCCGAGCUUCUUACCGGUCUAUCCAAGAUGAACUUCGCUACUCCUACCACCGUUCAAAAGGCCUGUAUUCCGGCAAUCCUUGAGGGCCAUGACGUUGUCGGGAAGGCAUCAACUGGUUCCGGAAAGACACUGGCUUUUGGCAUUCCUAUCCUUGAGCAUUACCUGGAGAAGCGAGGAAAGAAGGAAAAGGGCGACGAAAAGACCAAAUCCAACCCAAUUGCACUGAUUCUGUCGCCCACUCGAGAGCUGGCCCACCAACUGGCCAAGCACAUCGGAGAUUUGACGACAAAUUCGCCCGAUACCGAUGCACGCAUUGCUCUGCUUACGGGUGGUCUUUCGAUUCAGAAGCAACAGCGUCAACUCGCCAACGCCGAUAUAGUCGUCGGUACCCCUGGCCGAGUCUGGGAGAUCCUCAGCACUGGUUCUGGAUUGAUUCGCAAGAUGCAAAAAAUCCAAUUCUUGGUUGUCGAUGAAGCUGAUAGACUGCUCAGCGAGGGCCACUUCAAGGAGGUCGAGGAGAUUAUCGGAGCCUUGGAACGCCAGGAGCAAGGCGACUUCCCCGGUAUGGUUGAAGAAGCCGAAAGUGAAGAGGAGCCUGCCUCCCAACAGACAUUGGUUUUCUCGGCCACUUUCCACCGUGACCUGCAGCAGAAGUUGGCUGGAAAGGGCCGCUGGACUGGUGGCGAUCUGAUGGACAAGAAAGAAUCGAUGGAAUAUCUUCUCAAGAAGCUCAAGUUUCGCGAAGAGAAGCCCAAGUUUAUCGAUGUCAAUCCCGUACAACAGAUGGCGGAGGGUCUUAAGGAAGGAAUUGUGGAAUGCCCUGCCAUGGAGAAAGAUCUCUACCUCUACUCGCUUCUGCUCUACCACCCCAAGCAUCGUACUCUUGUCUUCACCAACUCCAUCUCCGCUGUUCGCCGCCUAACGCAAUUGCUGCAAAACCUCCAGCUUCCUGCACUCGCUCUCCACUCUUCCAUGGCACAAAAGGCCCGACUCCGUUCAGUGGAGCGCUUCUCUUCGCCGAAGUCAGAUCCUAGCUCCAUUCUUGUGGCUACCGAUGUCGCGGCGCGUGGCCUCGAUAUCAAAGGUAUUGAUUGUGUCGUCCAUUACCAUGCCCCGCGUACUGCUGAUACCUACGUCCACCGAUCUGGACGUACCGCUCGUGCUGGUGCAUCGGGUAAGAGCAUCAUUAUCUGUGCUCCUGAAGAAGUUGUCAGUGUGGCCCGCCUGGCCGCCAAGGUGCAUGCUCAAAGGUCCGGCAAUACGCCCGUCAAGAAGCUUCCCUUGGAAUCUCUCGAGAUCGAUCGCCGUGUCGUCUCUCGUGUUCGCCCCCGCAUGAACAUCGCUCAGAAGAUCACCGACUCUACGAUUGCGAAGGAGAAGAUUUCUGCAGAGGACAACUGGCUUCGUGCUGCCGCAGACGAUCUUGGUGUUGAUUAUGAUUCCGACGAAUUUGACGAGUCGAAGGGCAAGGGCCGUGGUCGCGGAGGUGGUCGUCAUCAGCGUGACAAGCAGAAUAGCAGCAUCACCAAAGGUGAAUUGGCCGGCCUUCGUGCUGAGCUGAAGCAACUCCUUUCUCAGCGUGUCAACAUCGGUGUCAGCGAGCGCUACCUGACAGCCGGAAGAGUCGACAUUGAGGCCCUCCUCCGUGGCGAGGGCAACAAUGCGUUCCUGGGACACCUUGAUCCUCUGAACUUCUAA